AUGACCACCACAACCGCCCCCAAAGACCGUCUGUGGUCACGGCGAGAGAUCGAGGGACUGAUAGCAGAAGGCAGGAAGAUCAUAAUCCUCGAUGGACGUGUGAUUAAGGCUGAUGCUUGGCUCCCCUUUCACCCUGGUGGUGACAAGACCAUCUUGCAUAUGGUUGGAAGAGAUGGAACUGAUGAGAUCCGGGCACUUCACUCCCCUGGGGCGCAGGCGCACAUGCUGAAGUUCGUGAUCGGGAGAAUCCAGGGGAGAUGGAUCAACUUCCUACCUCCCAUACAGGGCGGGCAUUUCAGGCCAUAUAUCAAGGGUCAGGAUGUCGACGAAGUGGAAGAGGAGGAUUCAGACGUGCAGACUGAUGGUGCUCUCAGCUCUUGCAGUGACAGUACCGCCCCUUCGUCACCCAUCUUUGACCCUGUCGACGUUCGAGAACGAGGGACUUCGUCACCGUCCACGUCUUCCUUGUCUGACAAUGAGUCGGCCAACGUCAACAACGACCCUAUUCAGAUGAAGCUUUCGGCGGAAAAAUCCUCAGACAUGUUAAAGUACCCGUCGUUAGACUACAGCUCGCAGAGUCGGAUUGUCGCCAAGUACCGCGAACUCGAUGCUCAGAUGCGAGCAGCUGGUCUUUACAACUGCCCAUACGGUGCAUACGGAGUCGAAUGCUGCAGAUAUGUCCUCCUCUUUGCGUCGUCUAUGCUUGCACUCCACUACUCCUACUACGCCGUCUCUGGUGCCCUCCUCGGCCUUUUCUGGCACCAGCUAGUGUUUACCGCCCAUGACGCCGGGCAUAUGGGUAUCACACACAACUUUCACGUCGACACGUGUAUUGGAAUCUUCAUAGCGGACUUCUUGGGUGGAUUGUCCAUUGGCUGGUGGAAACGCAAUCACAACGUCCACCACAUUGUGACCAACUCACCUGAACACGAUCCCGAUAUCGAGCACAUGCCCUUUUUCGCCAUAUCCACCCGGUUUUUCUCGUCUUUACGUUCCACCUACUACGACCGGAUCAUGCAGUUUGAUAGCAUUGCAAAACUGGCCAUCUCGAAACAACACUGGUUAUACUAUCCAAUCCUGCUCCUGGGUCGCUUCAACCUCUACCGCCUCUCCUGGGAGUAUCUCUUUCUGGGCCAAGCCCCCAAAAAGGGACCUGCGUGGUGGCAUCGCUACCUGGAAAUCCUGGGACAGUUUGUCUUUUGGGGAUGGUUUGGCUAUGGAAUUGUGUAUCGCUCCAUCCCUACAGCUUGGGACCGCUUCGUGUUUGUCAUGAUCAGCCAUAUGGUCACCGCGCCGCUGCACGUACAAAUCACGCUUUCCCACUUUGCCAUGUCCACCACGGACAUGGGCGUGCACGAGUCCUUCCCACAGAAGAUGCUCCGAACAACCAUGGACGUCGAUUGUGCGCCCUGGCUUGACUUUGUCCACGGCGGACUACAAUUCCAGGCCGUCCAUCACCUGUACCCGCGGAUUCCCAGACAUAAUCUCCGCAAGGCGCAGGUCUAUGUGCGGGAAUUCUGUAAAGAGACAGGUGUCCCAUAUGCAAUCUAUGGCUUUACGCAGGGGAAUAGGGAAGUUAUCGGGAGGUUGGGCGAGAUCGCGAGACAAGUCAGAGUCUAUGAGGAGUGCAGGAAGGUGUGCGCGAAGGAAGUGGUCGGGGGGGGAAGAGCAUGUCCACUCUGA